AGCUAAGUUCAAAAAACAAAAAACAAAAAAAAAAAAGUCUAAGUAAAAACAUUUAUUUAUAUGUUUUUGUAUUUGCAUUAAUUACUAAAUCUUAGCUCUGAUUUGCAUAGGGUGGGACUUUUUGACUAACCAUAAUAUCAGCAUACACACUCAUAUAUAUCGAACCAUCGAAUGGUCCAAAAUCUCACAUACGCAUUUUGGCCACACCCAUUCCAAAGGACACCUUAAUGUUUACCACAUUCAUUCUGGACCUUCUGGUUUUGUUCCUUUUUCUUAAGGAAUGCUUGUCACCUACUCCUUUUUAAGUUCCCACUUUCAACUCGUUCUCUUUGAGAUUUAGGAUUAGAAGUGAGAGAGAAACUUCUGCAAAGAAGAGGAUCUGGGGCUUGAAGAUACUACUUCUUUCUUCAUCUUACUCUUCAUCAUCCAUGGAAAAGCAAAGAAUCUGCAAGAUCUGCAACAGACGCUUCUCCAAUGGCAAAGCCAUGGGAGGCCAUAUGAGAUCUCAUCUCGCAAAGCUUCCAAUCCCACCAAAACCGCAGCAACAACAUCUCAACAACAACUCGACCGAGUCAACAACAACUCCACCAACCCAAUCUCCAUCUUCAUCUUCUUCACUCAAUCUUCACUCCAGGAAGAACUCUAAUAGGCCGUCUUACAUGUCCUUGAACCGAGAAGUGCUCUCUCAGGAUUCGGUUAUCCAUGAUAAAGAAAGCGAUGAGACCGAGUCUCAACCCAAGAACUUGACUCGUAGAAGAUCCAAACGCGGCCGUAAAGAGGUUGCAAAAGUGGUGGCUAAGCCGCCUUUCAUGGCGGAGCAGCAGGUGAGUUCCUUAUAUGAGACUUUCUCUGAAGAAGAAGUUGCUAUGUGUCUUAUAAUGCUUUCAAAGGACAAAUGGGACAAAAAGGAAGACGAUGUGAAAGAUGUAGAACUUGUCUUCGACGAGGACGAAGACAAGGAUGAAGAAGAGCAAGAACCAGAGGAGGAGGAGGAGGAGGAGGAAGAGGAAGAAGAGGAGGAUAUAUUGCCUUCGAAGUCUCGAAAUCGAGCCCGGAAUCAAUCAAAGUUCAAGUGCGAAACUUGCAAGAAAGUGUUCCGAUCUUAUCAGGCUCUUGGAGGACAUAGAGCAAGCCACAAAAAGAUCAUCGUCAGAACCCAAAUAUUGGAUGAUAGCGGCGAAUUUUCCAAAGAUCACAAUAAUGGUGGAAACAGCACUGCAGCUGGCUACGGUGAUGGUACCAUCAACUAUGUUAUUGAACACAAAACAUUCGAAUGUCCAUUUUGCUUCAGGGUCUUUGAAACUGGACAGGCUUUGGGAGGUCACAAAAAGGUUCAUUUUUCCAAUCUAUCUAAUAAUGCUAGAAACGAUAUUGCUUCUUCUACUAAUAAGUUCAGAGAUAAUUUGGUCAUAGAUCUUAAUCUACCAGCCCCAGAAGAAGACGAGGAGGUUGUAACCCAUGAAACAGUUUCUGAUUAUUAAUACAUCAAACAAAAAAACAAUUUCGAAGUUGAUGAAAACGUUUCAUAUGGAAAAAAGGGUUCUUAUUUCAACUUCGAUUCUCUUUAUUUAAUACAUUUUUUUUCUUUUUUGGUAUGCAUUCUUUUAUCCUUUUUCACAAUUUCAUACAGUGUGUUUAUUUCUUUUUUGAAAUUCUUUCCAUUUGGUUAAUAUUA